ACGCGCGUCGCUCAGUCGGACGCGAGUGAGCAGCGAGUGAAUCUGCCCGGGAAGCGCGUCGCUAGCCUGGAACUGCUGCUGGAAGGAGCGUUUAAUAAAAUAUAAAAAAACCUAUAGAAAAAGUAGUCAUAACAAUUAGUAAAAUGCCCACAGUUCGCGUGUGCCUGCAAUGGACCUCGGUGGUCUUCAAUACAGUCACUUUGAUCGUUGGCAUCCUGGCCGCCCUCGCCGGGGUCUAUAAGCUGGACAAGUUCGACGAGGGGUCCAACGAGCACCUGGAGAAGUUCGUACAACUGGGCAUGGCGGGGGCCCUGAUCCUCGCCGCUCUCAUCGGCUGCAUGGGCGCCUUCCUCGGCUCCAUCAAGGUGAUGGUGGUGCACCUGGUUGUACUUCUGGUCUUGAUAUCCUCACACAUCUGGAAGUUGUCCCACUACAACGAGACAAAGCAGCUAGACAAUACCGAGGUCUAUGUCAUGGAUCUGUGGAUGAAGGAGCUGGUCCAUCACGGGGGAAUGCAACACCUACAGCAGGAGUACGAGUGCUGCGGUGACAAGGGCUUCGCCGAUUACACCAGCCUCAACAUGAAGGUGCCCCGCAGCUGCUUCCACACCAAGGAUGGAAUUCACGCCCUAUAUCCUUAUGCGGAAGGAUGCAUGGUGGCAGUGAAGCGAGCCUACUUGCAGAUGUACAGAUACGAGAGAUGGGUCCAUUGUGGGCUCAUUGGGUACGAGGUUGUGGGCAUCAUCUUGGGUAUUACCUUGUGCUGUCAGCUGACCAACAAGACUCGUCGCUACGCCUACUGAUCACCACAUGGACAUUUACACAAGCAUUUGCAAAACGGUUAUACAAUAAACUACAUUUUUGA